GCCAAGAUAUGCACCGAUGAUGCUCCCGCAACGGCGGUGCUCAUACCCAUAUCAUCUUCUCUGAUGGAGGGAUGCAUACAUCUACGCUAGACAGCACACACUCUGCCUCGAGGCGCUCUGCACAUAUAAGACGGACGUCGCCGCAUCUUUUCGAGGCUUCACUUGCACUAAUCACCCCUCAGUCGUUCACUACCGGGAUACUGGUUACUGUUACACGUCGACGACAGCUAUCGACCCCUGAGCACAGCGACAUCGCAUAGCACUAGUAACCUCUUGCAACUUCCGUGGCAGUGUAACCGCACAAAGACAACCAGUCACCGCGUUUUGCGCCUGCCUUUCUUGUGUUAAGAAAGGAGGUUUAAACCAACCUUUCUUGACUUUUCAAGCCGAGAAGCACGAUUUGAAACCUGUGAUUGGCUUACCGGACGCAGAAAGGUGCUUCUUCACCUGUUUUGACCCAAUAAAUAUCGGGCCAAAACGCGGUGACUAAUCAUCUUCGCUUUUGUCCGCCCUAAAGAUCCACUUCAUUUUCUCAUUCCGGGCUUCAUCUCAUUUCGCAACAAACACAAUGGCUCCCCGACGCAUGCUCCCUCCUGUUUCGUCCUCACUCCCGGCAGAUGUACUAUACGGUGUCAUCGACGAGCUUCCACCUCAGGAGUGCCUUUCUGUCCUCGCUCUGAACAAGUGGUUCCUCUCUACGUUCUCCCCAUCCUUGCUUCGCCGCUUUAUGCGCGAAGGCACAGUCUUCUAUCUCGAUCUUGAUGAACGUGAUGCUUCCGGGAUCGACAAUCGCAUGCGGAACGGCGCACCAUUCAUGAUCCAGUCUGUCGACCCCGACUCUGGCGCUAUCCACAUCCGAUAUCCGACGUACGACGCCUACGGGUACGAGAGGAACGACAUCCACUGCGAGUCGGACGUCAUCCGCGUCGACCCGCGCUACCGUUCCGGUCCCAAUCCCGGCUAUCACCGGAGCCCCGCUGGCCAGAUCAACUGGCUGCAGGAGGCAUCGCGCGGUCGCGUGAAGGUGCUCGAUGGUGAGACCUUCCGAGCCCGAUUCAUGCAGAACUGCCAGGUCUGCCAUGGCAAGCGGACCAAGUGCGCCGGGUGCGGGAAGGCAGGAUUCUCACGCGCUCUUAGCCAGUGCGGGUGCACGAUCCCCUGCCCCCUGUGCGUGGGGUAUGAAGCCGCUGUGAGGGAGAAAGACGCGUACGAGGCUCGCCGCGCAGUGAGUAGGGGACAGCCGGCGGCGCCCGCACCAGGCGAUAGCAUCUGGUCCGUGCUCCCCAAGAGCAUCCUGCUCGUCAUCCGCGAGGCGUCGAACAGUAUCCGGCUCGAAUGGAAGAUGUUCACCACUGCCCCGCUGUACUGAGCGGCUCCGGUCAUGGAUUGACUUUGCCUACCCUAAGACAACCUAAUGAAAAGACUAACCGGUCAGCUAAUACGCCACUCGGCGACCUAAUUCCCAUUCCACUCAUCAACCAACGUACCUAUCCAGCAACAAGAAACAUC